CUGCUCACUUCCACGUUUGUAAAUCACACUUAAUGGUUGACUUUGUGUGAACACGAGCUUGUGUUUACUCGGUUUUCAGCUGGUUCAAAGGUCUCGUUUUAGUUUUUGACCAGCAGAAGAGCAACAUGACCGAAUGGAAGAAUAUGAGCAGAGAUGAGCUGGAGUAUCAGUAUUCACCGAGCCGCUGGUCACACAGGAUGUCCGCCGAUGAUGUCAUCAAAGCUCAUGUGGCCGCUUUAAAGUCAGGUACAGAGAAGGCUCAAGCUGUCACUCAGACUUUGUUGGAUGUCCCUUAUGGUGAUGGAGAGGAAGAGAAACUGGAUGUUUAUGUUCCCAACAUCUCAUCUCCAGAUGUUCCACUGCUGAUCUACUUUCAUGGUGGCUACUGGCAGUUUCUCAGUAAGAAUGAAUCUGGUUUCAUGGCUGUCCCAUUGGUCCAGAAAGGUGUGGUGGUGGUUGCUGUGGAUUACAGUAUUGCUCCUAAAGGUAAUAUGGAUUUGAUGGUGUCACAGGUGCGGAGAAGCGUUGUGUCUGUUCUUCAGCAGUAUUCACAUAUCAGUGGGCUUUACCUGUGUGGUCAUUCUGCAGGAGCUCACCUGGCUGCUAUGGUUCUGUCCACCGACUGGUCCCAGUAUGACAUAUCACCCCAAAUCAAAGGUGUGUUUCUCGUCAGUGGUAUUUAUGACCUACAGCCGAUUCUGUCUACCUACGUGAAUGAGCCGUUGAAGAUGACAGAGGAAGUGGCUUUAAGGAACAGUCCCAGUCAGCUGGUGCCGCAGAUCAGCGUCUCUUCAUGUGAUAUAGUGAUCGCUGUAGCGCAGAACGACUCGCCGGAGUUUCGGAAACAGUCAGAGGAAUAUUACAAACUUUUGUUAUCCGGCGGAUUUAAAGUCUGUUUUGAAGACGUUCCCAACACAGAUCACUUUAACAUCAUAGAGCAGCUCGUGGAUGAGAAUUACCAUCUCACAAAGCUCCUGCUAAAGAUGAUGGGGAAAAGCUGAUACACAUCAAAUUACCCACAAUGCACUGCUGUGGCACAGACCUGUGAGUUUACUCGGCACAACUUCAGUCUUUCAGUCCUCUCAAGACACGUUUAAUAUUUCGGUCACUGAAUCAAAGAAGAAUUGUCAGUUUUGAUUUCACGAUGACUUGAACCAAACCAUAUGUGUAAGGUUACUGUUAAUCCACACAUUUGCUGUGUUAUCAUAUUAAAGAUCACACUAGGAAUGAAGAAGUGUUUUUGUUUUAUGAUUGUAUGUGAUGUACAAUAUUGUCAGUUUAAUAAAAUAAAUAAUAUAUAUAUA